AUACUUAAUAUACCAUGUAUGAAUGAAACUUCCAACAAAUGUAUUAAAAAAUUAUAAUAUCUUUUUUAACAGGGUGAAUUGUGAACUCUGGGAAAGGGUUUUCCGAGGUAAUCGCAUCGGAGAAGGGUCGAGAAUGAGGACGGAAGAAAGGAACUAGGCCGUCCUAGGGAAUGUUCAGCCACUUCUUGGGGAUGUAUGGACGGUUCUGGCAUAACGCAAGGUCUACGUGGAAAAGUUCACCGUGGAACGUUCACGCGGCGAGCGCUCUCGGUGGACGGCCGAUCGGCGAGCCGGCCACUCACUUUCUAUUGCCCAAUCGUGCCAAGAAAUUGCCAGCCUUCGAUUCCACCUAUCCGGACCCAAUGAAAUUUCGUCCCACAGCCCGUCCGAAUUUACUCGGCAACGAUUUCCUCACCCUUUCCCAAUGUGAUACAUAAAGCCAACGGUUUUUCGUAUCGUUCUUCUAAACCCUUACGACAACGUGUAUCUCUACAUAUAAAUACCUGCUAUCUUAUUCUCCGCUUAGUUCGGCUUAACGAAACUCAUGAUAGAAGCUAAGAGAGUGGUCAUGAAUUACAAUUAAAUCGUACGGACAAUGAUUAAAGCCGAGCGUGACGCCAUCUGAGAGCAUACUUGUAAAACUCUUAGCGAAAAGUCUGAGAGGUUCGCUCAAAGAUGGCGCACAUGUCAGAUCUCUUGUUGAUGCUGUUUACAAUUUCCCUAAACUAACCUCAAUCAGUGUUUUCGUUAAGAAUUUAUAGUUAACUUUUAAUAUGAAAAGAGAUUCUGUUAACGUGAUUAGUAUAUAUUCUAUAUUUUUUAGAAUAGUCUAGUUAAUUGCAAUUAAUAAAUUAUGUAUUUCCCGCGUAAGCAAUGUCGGACAUAACCGAACAUAAAUUGUAUUAGCAAAGGGAUAAAGCAUUUUUGCGCAUAUUGUUUUAAUUAAAUUAAGGACAAGAUGAUGGAAGCAGAAGAAGUUAGUGUAAAUCAUACUUCGGAGACCCUCCGAUCACCACAGAUGCGAAAGGAAGUCCUGAGAAAUGCACUGUCUUGGGCACAGGGUCUCCAGGACAAUGUGUCAAAUAAUACCAUCGACAAUCUGGAGAAUAUAAUGUCCGAAGCUGACACCAUUAAUCAUGAAGUCACAAUCAAUGAAAAGGCUACCUCACAAGGGGAAGUACUUUUAGAUUCUGAAAUGAUGUCUCUAUCAUCGGUCGUAAUAAAUCGUUGCUCCACUACGCUAACUACAAAUAUAGGGAUGUACGAUCUCAUAGAAUUUGGACAGAAACUGUUACACCAUGUAAAGGUAUUGCCUGACACUAUAAAUGACGAACCCAACUGGACAGCCAUAGAACAUGAAAUUACCAAAUAUUUUGCGCGAACACCGUACUUCACUGGUCUUGCAGGUUUGUCUUUUGUUAAAUCCUUUGCUAUCAAUUUAUAAGCACAAUUUACGUUCAAAGUAUUCCUUAAUGCAGACGUACCGGUACCAGAAGAGGAGAAAGAAAUAGUUCGACGAAGAAUUACACACCGGGAUGCCUUGGCUGCCACGAAAAGACCUGAAAUCGUGGCAGUGGUUGAAAAGGAAGAAGAAAGCAUCGAGCACACUGUUGAGAAGAUCAGGAAACUCAUCGUUAUUUACCACAAGCAGCAUAAAAAACCACUGGAUCUUUAUCGACUGAUCUUAAAUCCUGAUGACUUUGGAAAGACUAUAGAGAACUUGCUGCAUGUAUCAUUUUUAGUACGAGAUGGACUCCUGAAGAUAUCCUUUGACAGUGCUGGUUUACCAACGAUAGAGCCAUGUAGUAAAGAGAUGGUGGCACAGGUCAAACAAUCUGGGAACCAGGCCAAUUUUCAAAACAUAAUUUCCAUGAAUAUGAGCCAAUGGAAGACUAUAAAGAAUGCAUACAGAUUAAAAGAGCCAAUGAUAGCCUUCAACCACAACACAUGAAACCUUGUAUACAUUUAGUGUUACUAUCUGAAGCAGUAUUUUCGAACAGAUUGUUAAGAAAUACAUUUCCAC